CUUUCAUUUUCUGUUCUGUACGCAAUUAAGCUAAGAAUAAAGUUGUCGUGUCAUUUCUAGUUUUAAGAUGACUUGAUUUUGGUGCUCGUUAUCUUGGAAAGUUCAGACUACGACUUCCUCUUUGUGAGGGGCUCGACUUCCUUCCGGUUCUGGCUGCGUUUGAUUCUGAGAGAAUUUUGUGAGUGGUGAGAGAAAGAGAGAGACUUUGGUUGACACUUUUGUUAAUAAGAGAACAGAACAAGACCCAACUUUGGCAAAAGUUUUCCUUCAGAUAAGACGAAGAUAAGACCAAGAUAAGAUGAACAAUUAAUAGCAAUAAUGCCGUGUUGGCCGGGAAGAAAUAAGAAAAAAGUGGUCGGUGGCUCUGCAAAGUCUUCCCUGACUCUGGUCAACGAAACUGGGGGAGGAGGUGAAGCGAAAAAGUCGAUCCAAUUUAUGAGAAGCUCUUUCUUAAACAGAUACGUGGCCACGCAUCCAAUUGAAACUGCGCAGGUACUCAAAGAGAUCUUCAGCUACCUCCCGAUCAAUGACAUCCUCCGAGUGCGUCAGGUUUGCAAGCGAUGGAACACUUCGGCCUGUUACGUCCUCCGGAGAAAGAUCGAGGGGGCAAUUAUCCUCCAGCGGGGCUUGUCCUACUACACGCACGUGAUGAGUAGAAGUUUGGACAUUCCGAUUGGCAGACUCUUCCUAAAAAUUGAUGACAUGGGUGAUCCAAGUACCACAAAGUUUUUCCAAGUGGUUGGACCCUCAAUUAUUUUUUUGGUCCUCAACUUGGAAGGAGCAUCCCUCGCCGGAUUCCUAUCGCAAGUUCACCACCUCAAAAACUUGAAGCAAUUAAGCCUCAACCUAUUUCAGGAAGAAUUUGCAACUGCAGAACUGACUUCGACCACUUAUCGGAAGAGAAAGGCCACCUCGGUGAAAAUAUUUAUCGACAAUUACUCCCUCGGAGAGAAGCAGGGUCGCGAGAAAUUGGAACACCUGGAAUCCUUCGUGCUAUCUUGUGAACCCGAUUGGGCAUCAAAUGAAGCCCUCCUGCUCGAAAAACUCCUCGAACUUUCACCCCACUUGAAGAACUUGAACUUGCACAAGUGGCCGUUCAUGUUGAAGCCGAAUUUGUUCCAGCGCUGCGAAUUUAAAAACUUAAAGUUUCUAAGCCUCAAAAGUCUUGAUGAUAAGGGGUUUCACAUUUUGGGCAAGAAGCAGCUCCCCAACUUGAAAACGAUUGAGUUUGAACUGUCUCGCGACGUGACGCAGGAAUAUUUCACGACAUUUUUGGAGAAUGUGGCCCCUUCGUUGGAAUACAUGGAAAUCAAGAGUCUCCACAAUCCCGAGAUUGCCUUCAAGCUUCCAACCACGAUGAAGGAGUUGGACACGAUUCGCCUCCCGAAUUGGUGUGGGACCAUCAUGCUGGAUUCGAUUUGUUCGUAUGCUCCAGUUCUGGAAAAAUUGCAGCUAAGCAAUGUCAAUCCGUCAGACAUUUAUGUGAAAGAUUCAAUUAAAACGGCCCCCACGGUGGAGUAUCUCGCGAUCAAUUUUGGGAGUGGUAGUCACUCGAUAAAGAAAGCGUUCAAAGUCCUUCGCAGUCUUGUGGCAGCGUUUCCAAAUCUGAAAACUUUUAUGAUGAAGAAAGUCUCUGAUAAAAUGUUGGAGAUUAUUUGUGAGGGGUGGCCUUCAUUGGAGGCACUUCGCAUCACGACCUCUUUCGCACUGUCAGAUUCCGGUAUAACUGGUUUGCCUGCCUCACUUUUGCAAAAGACUCAGAAAACCGAGCAUCGCCUCCCGUGUGGGUGUGGUGUCCCGUUCAACGUGGUAGACGGGAAGGCUGACUGCGCCAAGGCCAGGGUCACACCGCAUCUCGCCCUCUUAAAAAAUUUGAAAGACCUCCGCAUCGAGGCUGAGCAAGGGACGAGUUGGACGCUAACAAAUUUGUCCUUGCAUCUCGGCCUGAACGAGCUGCGUUCCUUGGUUUCCUUGCGACUCACGUGCCACGAGCUUGGACCGCACUGGUGCCUGAGGAGCAUUGCGGAUAAUCUUCCGUAUCUUCGCCACUUGACGAUUAUGGAUCGAGCAAUUUCGCAUGAUCGCUACGAAGAGGUGCCUUAUCUGCUCAGGAGGCUGCCAACCUUAAACUUGACGUUUGCCGAGGCAGAUUCCCAUUCAUACUUGAAAAGAGGGUCCAUCACGAAUUUGAAACAAUAGGAAAAAUAUUUAUGAUAAAUGAAUACAGAUAUUUCAAAAAUGUCACAAAAAACUUUCUGUAUUUUUUACUUGUAAAAAAAAUUUGGCGAGUUUACAACCCACGCCACGUUUCGGACAUAUGUGAUUCCUUCGAAA